AUGACGGGAUUGAUACAUAGCAACCUUCCAAUCUUCGAUGGCAAAGACUUCGACGAUUGGUGCGUCAAGAUGGAAGCCAUCUUAAGGUUUCAAGAGGUGGACGAAGUGGUGAAGAAAGGGCUCCAAGAACCUUUGAAAGAUGACUCGGAGGCGGUCUCGAAAGCUGCAUUCGCGAAAGAAGUAUGGGACAUCCUUCAAGAAAGGUAUGGAAAUACAGGCAAAGUGAAAAAGAUACGUCUACAGUCUCUCCAACGACAGUAUGAACUUCUUGGUAUAGGUGAAAAUGAAACAGUGAUGGAGUAUAUGGGAAGAAUACAAGCUCUUGUCAAUGAUAUGAGAGCUUGUGGAAAGGUUGUCAAAGACAGAAAAAUAAUCAGAAAAAUUCUACGUAUGCUGACGCCACAGUAUGAUCAUAUUGUGAUCACCAUUGAGGAGUGUAAGGAUCUGGAGAUGCUUAAAUUUGAGGAGCUGCAGAACUCGCUUGUUGUGCAUGAGCAACAAUUGUUGGAAAGGAAGAACGCAGAGAAAGCAGCGUCGCAGGCAACAAAUCAAGCACUGCAAGCAAGAUCGAAGCAGAGUUUCAAGAAUCGUGGUAGAGGAACAAGAAGAUUACAUGGUAAAGGUGGUCAUAAUGGAGGAAGAAACUCGAAUCUUUCAGAUCAAAAUAAUGCAGAAAAUGUAGACGAAUUAAAAGAAGGAAGCAACAGAGGUGGUGGAAAUUCAAGAGGUAGAGGAAGAAAGGGUUCUGAUAAACGAAACAUUCAAUGUUAUACGUGUAAUAAAUAUGGCCAUAAUUCUGCUGAAUGCUGGUAUAAUGAGUCUACCAAGAAGAACAAGAAUGAUGAUGCGGCAAACUUGGCAUAG